AUGAAGUUUCAAGCGCUCCUUGCUGCGCUGGCAGCGACCUUACUGGACGAGGCAUCAGCAAAGGCUUUUCGACAACGGCGGGCUGAAGAUCUUGCCAGCCGUAUUGAGGGCGAGACCACUAUCGCUCUGCAGGGAGUGCUGAACAACUUCGGUCCAGAUGGAAGCGAGGCACCAGGAGCUUCUGCAGGCGUCCUCAUCGCAUCCCCAUCCACCGACAAUCCCAAUUACUACUACACGUGGACGCGAGACGCAGCGUUGACUCUCAAGAUGGUUGUGGACGAGUUUCUGCACGGAAAGGGUGACCUCCAACCGUAUAUCCGGGACUAUGUCAAGGCGCAAGCUAUCGUGCAGACUAUCUCAAACCCUUCAGGUGCUUUGGGAUCCGGACGUGGACUAGGCGAGCCGAAGUACUACGCUAAUCUCACACGCUUCAACGGGGACUGGGGACGACCGCAGCGUGAUGGACCGGCUCUCCGUGCGACUGCUCUCAUUACCUACUCUCGGUACCUUCUCAGCACCGGCAUUGACUCGGACGGAACCGAAGCGGACAACAUCUGGCCAAUCAUCCAGAACGACCUCAAUUACGUCGCCCAGUAUUGGAACCAGACCGGUUUCGAUCUCUGGGAAGAGGUCGAUGGAUCGUCAUUCUUCACCACUGCCGCGCAGUAUCGUGCAUUGAUCGAGGGUGCAACGCUUGGACAGCGGUUACAGCAAGAUGUAUCUGCUUACGAGUCUCAGGCUCCCAAUGUGUUCUGCUUCCUACAGACUUUCUGGAAUGGAAACUAUGCCGUGGCAAACAUCAACGUCAAGCAAAGCGGCUUCAGCCGUAGCGGUAUCGACGCCAAUACCGUCCUCACCUCCAUUGCCUUGUUCGACCCGGACGCCGUGUGUGAUGAUACCUUAUUCCAACCUUGCUCUUCACGAGCGCUGGCCAACUUGAAACAGUACAUUGAUGCAUUCCGUACUAUCUAUACUAUCAACCAGGGCGUUUCCGAAUCAGGGGCAGGUGUAGCAACGGGCCGCUACGCAGAAGAUGUUUACUUCAACGGCAAUCCUUGGUACCUAACCACUUUGGCUGUAGCAGAGCAGCUCUACGAUGCAAUCCAACAAUGGAGCACCGUCAACACCAUCAGCAUCGACGAUGAAUCGCUCGCCUUCUGGCAAUCGGUAUACCCAUCCGCCCAACCCGGUAGCUACACCAAAGGCGGCUCCUCCAACUUCACCAAGCUCACUGAUGCCGUCCUCACGUACGCCGACGGUUUCGUUGAAACAGCCCUGAAAUAUACGCCCGAAAAUGGUGCUCUCUCCGAACAGUACAGUCGCGAAAAUGGCACGUCACUCUCGGCGCACGACCUCACCUGGUCCUACGCCUCCUUUAUAACCAUGCGUGCCGCCCGCCUAGCAGCUACCUCUGAUUACAGUCAAGUCUCCUCGUGGGGCUCCCCAUCAAAGCUCGAAGUUCCUACCGUCUGCACACCCAGCUCAGUGAAAGGUACUUACAAACCUGCUGUCGCCGCCGGCGCCCCGUCAGACGCACCAUCAUGCACCUAUCUCGUUGCCUUCAACCUCAACGCAACGACCUUCUACGGCGAGAAUAUCUACCUUUUCGGCAGCUCAUCGGACCUGGGCGACUGGCGUGUCAGCGAUGCACUUGCGGGCAGUGCGGCGAGCUAUUCGGAUGCGCGGCCGCUGUGGACGUUUACUGUGGAGCUUCCGGCAGGCGCGGACCUCGAAUAUAAAUUCCUGAGGAAAGAGCCGAGCGGGGAGGUGCUAUAUGAGGUGGAAAAUCGAAGCCUGGAAGUGCCGGAAUGCGGGGAUGAGAGCCCAGGAGAGCAGACAGUGGAGGAUAGCUGGAACGGGCCGGUGGGCAAUCAGAUGGAGUAG